AUCUGCAAAUAUGAAAAAGCUAUGACCAUCUGCCUAAUUACGGACCACUUUUUGUAUAUACACCUAGCCCAUAAUAAAUCUAUCAAAGAAAUUGGGAGGGUAAUGGUGUACAUUUAAAAAGUAUUGAAUCACUUUCUUUAGUUGUGAAAGCUUAUAAAAGUUUCUGGAAUUUUUUUCACACGCGCCUUACAUGCAUAUAAACACACGCGCUUAUCCCGUUAUUAAGAAAGGUCGCUUUAUCUUUCUUUUACGCCAUUUUCAUGUUUUCUUUAACUCAACCCUCAAAAUCACCUACACCUUACUUGACGUUCCUCACCUAAUUUUAUAAAACUGAAUAAAAUAAGUUAUUUGUUCCAGAAGUUAUGAUUUUUUUUUUUUUUGAAAAAUUGAAGUUAUGAUUUUUCCAUAAGCAAAAAAGCUUUACUCUUGUCUUGUCAGGUUAAUUAAGUAGAUCUUAUAUAUUUCAGAAGUUAUAAUUUUGCCAUAAGCAAAAAAGUUAAUUCUUGAUAGAUUGAUGAAAUAGAUCUUUGGAAAAUAUUUGUGAACCGAAGAAAAAACUAAACUGAAACCAACCUAAAUUUGGAAAUUAAAAAAAAAUCAGAUUUGGCAUAAAUAUUCAAGUGAAUUCGAAGUUAGUAAUUUAGUAUAUAUAAAAAUUUGUAUUGAGAUUGGAAAACGAUAAUUGGAUAGAUAUCAAAAACUAAUAGGAAUAUAAGUACAUAUCAAAAUAUUAUUUAUAAUAAUUGAAUACUCAAAUUUAUAAAUUUAAAUACAUUAGUUAUUUUUGAAUAAUUAUGAUAAAUUUAUGUACUUUAAAUAGUCUAUGAAAUAUCUGAAUCAAAAUAUGUAUAUGGUUACUUUUUUUUACCAACAAGAACUAUAAAAAAUAUGCAGUUACUUUCAAAUAGAAAUACUCAGUUCAGCCCAUUUUUAAUUUUUGAAAUUUCCCCUAAAUUUGGUUAGGAAUACAAAAUAUUUGAACCAUAUGUAUGUGGUAACAUUCUAAUAAAAACAACCGACUUUAACUGUAUCUGAUUCUGACGGAUAUCAACCAAAACCGAACUUAGUCCAAAAACAAAUACGCAAAUAGAUUAUUCCGACGCCAUGGCUUAUAAUGAGCGUUAGAUUCCCCAAGUCUUUGAAACUACUGUAAGUUUAUAACGUCAUGAGAAGUAUAACAUUCGGUUCUCUAGAAUAGAAAACUUUACGUUUAUAAACUUUUUUAUUAAUUAACCAGAUUUAAAUUUUAAAUUUAAAUUGAUGGUAUAAAAAGAAAGCAUUUCAUACACAAAUACAACUCAAUUUUAUCAACAUUCUUUUGUGUCUCUUGCGUGACCGAAGAAUCAACAACACAAGUGUCUGACAAGACCAAAGCCACGACACGAAAGAGGAACACAUAAACGUCCAUACCUCAAACAAAACUCUUCUUCUCUUCUUCUUCUCUUCUUCUUCGAUUUCUAAAUUCAAAAAGUCAAAACUCUAACAAAAAUGGAGGAAAUACUAUUCGAUGAGAUUCUCCACGAGAUAUUUACGAGAUUGCCAUCAUCGUCUUCUUCGUUACCUACUUUCGAAUCAGUUCCUCUGGUCUCCAAGCGAUGGCUUCGUCUCUACAGAGCCUCGAAGACUUCCAUGUCCUUACGAGUCAACCCUCACGACAGCUCGGUAAUUACCUUUUUACCCUCCAUCCUCCAUAACCAUCCUUCUCUCUCUUCCCUCUGCUUCGUCUCCGACCGCAAAACUCCGAUCCUAUUCCCCUCUGCUGCGGAAUCUAACUUCAACGAUCAUCUCAUCUCGAUCGUCUCUUCUUGCUGCUUUAACCUUCGAAAGCUCUGUUUCUUGGUCAAUCCACUUUCUCCGUCUUCCUUGCUUCAUCUCUCUACUUCCUCCUUGUCUCUCACUUCUCUCUCUCUAAAACUGUUGGGACCCGUUUCGUUCCACUGGGUUGGUUCGUUUCCUUCCCUCAAGGACUUAUCAGUCGACGUCUGCUCGAGAAACUCUUCAGAUUCCUUAACCGGGUCAAACCCGAACCCGGAAGUUGUCGAAUUGGGUUUGGAGUCGGUUUCCUUAACCGGAAUCCAGUCAGACGAUACCGGAGUCACCUGGUUGUGGAGGAGAUGCAGAAAGCUAAAGAAACUGUGUCUGAAAUCAUGUGGAACCAUCGGAGAAACAGAGCUCUUCGCUUUGUGUCUGAAGAAUGUCGAAGAGAUUGAGCUUAGGACGUGUAGGAGUAUUGCUGACGUGGUCCUGCUGAAAGUUUCAGAGAUUUGUGAAUCUCUUAAUUCUCUGUUGAUCUACGACGGUGGUAACAAAGACGGUUUGGUUCAUUUCAUGAACAAUUCUAGAUGCAGUGAUACUUUGAAGACGUUAGAUUUGCGUCUACCUAUGGAUUUGAUGGACGAGCAUCUCGUCUCCCUCGCCGCGAAUUUCAAAUCUUUAUCUACUCUUAGGCUUACGAGCUGUUACUUUGUGACGGGUCACGGUCUAAAGGUCUUAGCUUUAAGCUUUAGCUCGAGUCUUGAAGAGCUUUCUUUGCGUAGCUGCGACGCGGUUGAGAGAGAACCGGGUUUGUUGGCGACGUUAGGACAGCAUUUGGGGAGAUUAAGGAAACUGGAGUUGUCUUUUAACGAGUGGUUAUACGACAAGGAAGUCGUUUCGAUGUUAGCUUCUUGCAGUGGUUUGGUUGAGUUGGAUUUGAGAGGAUGCAAGAACUUGACAGGUUCAGUGUUUGUUUCUCUGAACAAAAGCUGUGUGAAGUUGAGGAGUUUAGACAUUGCAAGCUGUCGAUUGAUUCAGGCUGGUGAAGUGGAGGCUUUUGUUAUGAAGUCACAACGGUUGAAGAAGAUUGUAGUUGAAGAGAACAAGAUUACAGAGGCUGCCAUGAAAUGGGCUUCGAGUAAGUUAAUUGACGUUGUUGCUCUUGAUUCAGAUGUUCCUUGGUAGUUACUUGGGUUGGUGUUUGAACAAGAAAAGUAACAUAUGCCACACACAACAAAACUGUCUAUGUGAUGUGUAUAUAAGGCGUAAGUGUAUAUUACAUGAAUAAAGUGGAAACCAGUGAUAUGUUUUUCUUUUUCCAAAAAGAUUAGGGGUCUGGAUGUACAUUUUGUGUAAAUUAUUGUGUUGAAAAUUUGUAAACUGGUAUGGAUUCUGGAAAGGCAGAAGGAAAAGAUCUUGCAAACAA